AAAGUGGCAAAGUGAAACGACCGAGAUUGGAUCUGUUAACGUUGUUGGCCAAUGAUUUGGCUUUUCAGUGGAAGCUACAACACUUUUUUCACCCUUGCAUCAAAACAUAGCGUUGUCUUGUUGAAUUCGCGGUUUGCUGGCUGGUUAGAUCGAUGGAAUAGUCGCCAGAAGAGAGGAUCGACACGACACGCACUUCCGGAAUACUGCACGCUACAGUGAAGCAAUAUUGAAAGCCUAAGGGGAAUUAGAAUGGCUCAACAAAGCUUGGACGUAAGUUACGCUCCACAAAUGAAAUAAAUUUCUUUCAGGAGGGUAGUAAGCUUAAUAGGUUUUUGUUUUAUAAAGGUUUAUACUCAACGCUUUAAGUGAAAAUGACAAUGGAAACCACAAGGACUUACAUACAUUUGUAAAGUGACGUGCUAUUUUACCCAGUAACCUCAGUUUGUCUUUUUCUUGGCCAAAACAUUGCUAUUGUCCAGAAUUCACUAGGAUUGGAUCAGGAGCCGAUUUUGAUUGGGUACAUUUAAAUAGGUCAAAACAAGGUAGCAAAAACGAAAUGAAUACUUGAAGGGAGUUUGCUGUUUUGGUCAGAGGUAUUUACGCUUAAGUAAGCUUUAUUACUGUUAUUUAAUAUUCAUUCAAAAUAUUUGUCUGUCUCUAAUUGCCUCAAAUCCCUAGCUAAUCCUUCAUAACCAGCCAUCGUUGGCGGACGAUUUCACAGUUAUGAUCCGAAGAAAAAGUGGAACUUCCUGACGAGAGUGGCAAAAAUACCCCGGGGAGGCGGGUGGUUACUCAAGAAUAUUUUUUUUAAGACUCCGCCUCGAGUUCUAACCUCUUACCCUUUUAUAUAUCAUUUUAAACAGAAAGGUAUCCCUUUCCUAUACCUUCUAUUGACAAAAUUAAUGGUACCACCCACCCUUUUUCGAGCUUUACAUUCUUUUUAGCUGCUGCACUGUCUUUAAAAUAUCAAUAAAACACAAGACCAGAAUUUUUCAAAGCCAUAAAAUGGAUUUGCCAGCCUACAUGUGCCUUUUUACACACAGAAAUGACAGACUUACCUACCCUUUCAUAUACUUCAACUAGUGAAAUCCCUACCACUCUCCAUAUACCUGAAGACUGAAAAAGGUACCCCUCUUGGAAGUACCCCAUGGGCAAAAAUACCAGCAGUGAACAUGAUUACACUGUCAGGUUAGAUGAUGGUACCUUUCUCAAAUCACGCUAAAACUUUGAAAAAAAAAGUUGUCAGCCAGUAACAAAUAUUUAUAUUCUACUGAUUCUUUAUUCCUGGGGUAAGUUUUACUUCCCAUACAAACUCUAGCUUAACUCUCAUAUAACCCUUUGGCCACCUGUGGUUAAACUUUUUGGCUAGUUAAUCAUACAUCUAAUUGCAAUAACAUUGUCAAAGAAAAACGGAAAAGUGGAAAAAGCCAAAUAUGAAUUAUUAAUAAUAUUGCCUUCUCAGCGUGGAUUUAUUUGCAGUUGUUUCAUUUCCCGCUAGAUUGUUUUUCAAUUAGCCAAUUUCAAAAGGCAAAUAAGAUGUCCAUGUGCAGAUGCUGCAAAAAUUUAGGCUUAUAAUCCUAAUUAACUCCUGUUUUGGCUUUUUCCUUUUUUACAUUUUUCUAAGAGGUUAUUUCAAUUAGGUGUAACUACAACAAAAUUCUAUAAUCUGAUUGGCUAUAGUCAGCAGCUUUAUUUCAAAAUUAAUAGGACUGAGUAUAGGAAAGUAUGCUUCAUGCCUACAGGUAAUCAGACAGUAUGUAUGACUCCACUCCGCAUAGGCGUACGGGCAAUUUUUUGCCAGGGGGGGCGGUAAUCCAUUUGCCCAAAAAAUUCUUCCAAGUUGCCCAAAUUUUUACAAAACAGUCGAAAGGAAACUAGGGCCAUGCAACAAAAUAGGCCGUACUGGCAUAUGAAGGUGGCUCGAUACAGGUUUUCAGAGUUAAGACCUGCCAAGUUUGAGCAUAAACUACGUCGCCACAAACAAGCAUUUGGAAAAAAUUGCCACCGCAGUUUCAGGGGCGGAUCCAGGAUUUUUUUUUUAGGAGGGGGUGCACUCGUCUCUUGCUCUACUUCAACACCAAUAAACCACAUAGUUUUUUUUAGUUGUAUUAGAUAAAGAGGGAAAUUUGUCAUGAUCAGGAUUGCAAUGACAUCGGAGCUGUCAUAGCAACGAAAUGACGCCAUUACCUAUUAUUCUUGCAGCAAUAUUUCUCACUGGGAACUGUUCUUACAAAAUCGUUCAGGGGAGCUCUUUCCUCCAAUAGUCGCCUCGAUGUUCGUGAAGUUAAAACGGAACUGUAAGAGCGUUAUCGAGAUAUUUUGGGAUGAAGUUUUUAUUGUUAGAAAUAAGGUAAAAAAGGAAAAUCUUGAUGUUUAGUCAUAAUCUGAAGAAAACGGAGCGCUUUUGACAUGCAAUUUCACCUCACAGUAGUUUCAAUCUUAUUAAAAACGUGUAUGAAAGAUCAUGGAGAUAGCUCCUGCCAAUUGCUAUAAGGAAGGAUUUGAUUAGCGCUCGAUCUUGUUAGGGGUUUCCUAAACAUUUCGGUCUACUUAAACAAAUUAGUGAAUAAUUUUUAAACCACUCGAUAGAUUUUUUUAAGAAAAUUGAGAUUCUUCUCGUAAUUCAAACUGAGUAUUAGUCAGCCACUUCACUUUCAGACCCAUUGCUGAUGCUUGUUCUGCCACACACUGUUCUAGGAGCGGAGGUGAUUCUAGAAAGUUAUUAUUCUAAUCAAUUCAUGACUGGAAAUAGCCCACUCCAGCUAGUACAGUGAAGUACGGUGCCCAACAAAAAAAAAACCAGCAUAUGAUACCCUUCCCUUAUAACCAGAAACUCAUCAUGUGAUAAUAAUAAAAAACAUGGAAACGUCUUUAAAAACUGGCUUUGCCCAAAUUUUCUCUUGCUGCCCAAAAAAUCUGAGUUGCCCAAACUUUGGGGGCGCUGCAGCCCCCCUCGCCCCCCCGGCCCGUACGCCUAUGCCACUCAGUUCUAUUACCGUUAUUUUUAAAGACCAAACAAGAAAUUCAAUUGACUUUUCAAUUAAUUAUUUUGAGUGCGUGAGAAUAUUACUAUGUAAUCUUACAAUUUAUUUAGUCCUUAUAAUAAUUCUAAAUAGUUAAUAACAAUUAUUAAUCUCUCAUAGGAUUUUAUUGGAGAUUUCUAUCGUUAUUACCAGUGUGAAUAUACAAAAAGCCAUUUUGUGAAGGAGGGAUUGAAACGUCUCUUGAGUGAGAGAUACAACAAUGACUUUGCCUUCUUUACAAACCACUUUGUUCGUCCCACACUGAGUCUUCUUAAAAGGUUAAAAGAUGAGGUAUGUCAGUGAAAGUUCUACUUUUUGAAAUACAUUUUAUUACUCAUGAAAAUGACAUAAAGGGUGUUAUAUAUUUUUCAUUUGUCCUUGAAAAGUCAAAUACCAAAGAUAUAUUUAGGGGAAUAUAACUGAGAAAAGGUGGUACAUGCCCCUUCAUAAGAAUGAGCAUGAGUAGUCCAACGUUUGAAGAACAUGUUAAUGAGAUGGUGAUGAACCAGCUGGGAGCUCUCAGAAAGUUAAGAUCCCCCCUAACAUCAUAUUUAGCCAGUGCCAUCUACAUAGUGCUUUUAUGUCACUGAUUGUUGUGAUAUCUGCUGGAGAAGUGUGGGAUCUACUCUGGCUGAAAAAUUUGAAAGGCUUCAGAAGAGUGGAUGGAGGGUCGUGCUAUUAGAGAAGGACACGACAACAACCCAGUGUCACCUACUAACUAGAAAUAUGUGUAUCACAGAACCUCACAAUUACGCUCAGGGGAAGGCCCAUAAAAUGUCAGGGAUGGAAGGGGGAGAGAAUUGGAGUAAACUAUGUAGCUUGGGAGGGCAAGUUUCAACACUGGCUCUAAUAUUGGAAGGUGAAACGUAGUUAAUCUCCUUUUGGUUGGAGUACUUUUCAACCCCGGCCCCUGGGUUUUCAACCCAGUGCUCUGUCAUUAAGAUGGAUUUUCUGGACCCUCCUACAUGUGUAAUUAAAAUCAUAGAAAAUGGGUGUGAUUUUAACUAAUAGUGAUUAUAGCUGUAGGCGAAUAUGCAGCUAACCCAUGCUAUCUUAAAUGUGUAAUAAUAAAUACUUGUAAAGUGUGUCAUUAGUAGUGAGUGGAUGAAAUGGUAGGAGAUAAUACUGCAGUGAAAAUAAGAAGUAAAUGCAUUGUAAUUGGAGAUAAAAAUAUUCAUUGUUAAGUGAACUACUGAGAGCGUUUGCACUUGAAUGUAGUACAUACUAUUAUUAAUCACAUUUGACAACUAAUAAACUUAUUGUUUGCAACAGUAAGGCGCAAACAUUAUCACUUACACUAAACUAGAAAAUACAAAUGUAGCAGUGUGAUAUUUUUCCUAUUUGAUCCUGUUUUUUGCCUUUUUCUCCCACUGCGGAGACUGGUCCCAGGCUGUGUCAUUAAGGAUGCAGUUGAGGAUAAUUUUGAAAGUGAUCAUCACUCAUGAUUAUUGAAUAUGUGGUACUCUCAUUGGCACUGAAAAUUAUCCCUGUAAAAAAUACCAAAUCAUUUAUGAAAGUGUUAACAGUUAGUUGUGGGGGGUCUUUGAACUUGGAAAUCCUAAGGGGAGGGCGGGCUCAAGCAGUUUUGGAAAUUCAGGUGGAAGUUGUGGGGGGGGGGUCAAAAAACCGUGCCAUCUGUCAGGGGGAAGGUGUGGAUUUUUUCUGGAAGAACCAAUUUGUAUGAAAUGUCCACACAUAAGUAGUGUUGAAGGUGAUCCGUUUUUCAAUUCUCAACGUGCAUGAGCUUGUUGAGACACGGUCCCCAGAGGCAUAGUUUUUUAAAUUCUCAGACUGACAGUCAAAUGUACUGCCCACUUUAACUCACCAAGUGAAUUGACAAUUCGUCCAGAUAUUAAUGAAUUCCAAAUUCCAGUCAGAACUUCGUGGAUUGGACACAGAUUAUGUAAAACAAAGGACUUCUUUGUUUUCUGUUCUGGGAAAAUCUGCUUUUAUCGGUCCUGUUUCAUGCUUUUUGUUCUUUUGCUUCAUAUGUCAUCUGUGUGCAGGAAAAAAUAAUCCCCAAACUUCCAUCACAGACAUCACAGCCAUCCUGCAGUCCACCUAUUUAUUACAUCAAUUUAUCAUGAAUGUAAAUUAUGGGCAGAAUGGAUGGAUCUUGUAGGAAGCCCUAUAUCUGCUUGUUGUUUCAUUUCUUGAAACAAUAUUCUGCCAUUAGAACAUGUUUUGGUGAAUAUGCAGGAAUAUGUCACUUCCCUCUGACUUCUUUAUAAGAGUUAAAUUUUCCCUGAGUUAUACUGAAAUUCCCUGACUUGUUAAAUUGUACCUUAUGAGGAAAAGAAUUAAUUUUCCUUGCAUGGGGACACAAUGUCACACACAAAUAUUAUGAGGAUCGAGAUCCAAAAUACAGAUGUUCUUUUCGAAGGAUUGAAAAAAGGAGGCUUAAGGCCAUGCAGCAAUAAUAAAUUUUUGUUAUGCUUGACUUAAAAGACACAGCUGUGUUUAGGUAUACAUAGAUAAUAUAUAUAUAAUAUAUUUUACUUGGGAUGGUUUUGGGAGUAAAUGUAAUGAAAAUUAUUGUAAAUGAAAAUUUGUACAGCAAGUAUUUGGUUUUCAAAUGUAACGCUUCCCUAUACAUGCCACACAUUAUCGGUGUUCUAAACUGUUCAUUGUAAAAUAAAGCUUACUGCAAAACCCAUUGUUACUCAAGGUGUAUAAAGGCUGAUUGGUGUCCAGAGUCUGGUGGAAAGAUAUUCUUGAUGUGCAUUGUACAGAUCAUGUAACUGACUUGCUGCCUAUCACUGCAUUGAAGAAGAUAAUUUUGAAUGUAAACUUCAAGCAUUGCCUGAUCUUCUGGUCGCUUUUUGAAGUGUCGGCAGUCGGUGUUCCCUCUCUUCAUCAGUUUUGUUUACAGUGUAUGUAGUGUUUUGUCACUGCCUCUGUACAUGUUUGUGCAGGUUGCUGUGUUGACGACGUUGCCUUCACUGUGCUAUUUUGGUGGUUGUCUUCUUCGAUCCUCUUGCCAAUGAAUUUUAAUCAGUGUUCUCCAGAGGAGUUUUGGUGGAAAAUCUUCCUCGGUGAGGAUUUCCAGCCACUUGUUGUGCUUCCUGUUCUGUGUCAUUUGCAUGGGGAAUUGCUGGUGAUUCACCAAUCGUAAACAUUCUUUCACAGACAAUGAAUUACAAACACAUUAGCCUUUCAUGAAUAAAACAUAAAAGUGCACCCUGGUCAUCAGUAGCAAAGUCUAUGUUGCCUGGAAACACAAAACGCUCCAUUACAUAACGCUGCAUGAUGUCACUGUCAGACACCAAGCGACAUAAGAGCCACAGGGGACCCAAACACUGUAUUCAGCUAAUAAAUUAAUCAGUUGUUUUUUAUCUGUGUUUCAUGAGUCUUUAUUUAUGAGUCGGUUUGGAAAGGAUUUCAACGUGAUCAGAGUCGGUUAACAAUUGCCAGUAUCAGUAUCAAGUGUUUGGUUGUCUGGUGCGUCAUACAUAGGAUGCAGGAUGAGACAGUUAUGUCUCAACAAUAUUGAAACCUGAGAUUGUCUCCCAAGGAGAGUCAAUAGUUAACUUGAGACGUAACUGUCGCAUACAAUUCGCCAGACAAGCAAACAUUUGAUACCGGCAAUGUUAACCGUUUCUGAUCACAUUCAAAUUCCUUCCACAACAGCUCAUAAAGACACAGGAAUGCAGGUAAAUACAUCUUAUUUUAUUAGCUAAUACAGCUUAAAUGCAUCUAAUUAUUUUAUUAGCUAAUACAGCAUUCAGGUUCCCCUGUGGAUGGGCCUUGCAAUUUUGCCGUUGGCUAAGACCACAUGCAGGUUCACAUGAUGUGUUCACACUUUGCACGCGACGACAUUGUAAACUUGCUUCACCUCUUCGCUCGGAAUAACUUAGUAGGUGGCAACAACUCCUCCUUCUCCAUAAUACUCAACCUCAUUCAAUGCUGUUAAUCUACUGCCAUCUUUAAGAGCAACAAACUAAUCAUAAGUCUCAAACUGGAAGGUGGUUCUUUAAGUAAAAUGAAGAACUCAGAUAUCUUUGUAUCUUUGCAGAAUUUUCCUCUUUGUUUGCGUAAUGGUAAAGUUGUCCUUCACCUGGUGCCACCUCAGCAUAUUAGAAUGACAGUUGGUGAAUUCUUUUACCAGGUGAGCAGCAAAGAUUAAACCAGAGAAAUAAAGGCUCUGAAUCGGCAAUUAUGUUCUACUGCAUAAAAUGAAGUCACAUUCUCCAUCUCAUUGUGGAUUAUAAAGACUAUGAUAUCUUAAACGGUUUUUGCAUACUUGUCUCAUUUAAGACAAAAUACCUCACGUGACAAUAACUAUAAGGUGAAAACAAAAUAUAGUCCUGUAGGAAGGGAUGCAAACUGCUCUGAGCUUGAGCUACAUGUAGCUUUCAUCAGCAUUCACCCAUGAGCAAAAAAUUUAAUAGUAAAUUGGUAAUUGACCAAUCUCUUUUGUUAUGUUAUUAAAUGUCUUUAAUAACCACAAGUGUCUAACUUGGCAGGUAGGUCACACUAAUCCUGGCUCACUGGUUGUUAAAUUUGCCAAGUAUGAGAAUAAAGGAAGAACAGUGAAUGAACUGCAGCGUGCAACAGUCAAUGAAGAAGACUAUGAUAUUGCCUUCACAAAAGAGUACUUUGACCGAGCGCGAAGUGCCGCAGGUACACUUGGAGAUGUAUUGAUGCGCACCAUAAUUGUUGCAAAUCACCCAGAUUGGUCAACUGAGAAAGAAGAUGCUGUUAAUCAUCUUCAGAAAGUAAGUAUGCCAUAUUACAAUGAUAUGCACGAUGUUUUUAAGCAUAAUUUUAAAUGAUUUUAAUCACCAUGUGUGGGCCUGAAAGGAAUGAUUGGUAUUCCGUAGUGUGAUAGGAGCUUCUCAGUGAUCAGUUUUGUUCCAUGUUGUUUACUUUCAAACAAAAUAAUCUUUAACGUCAUUAUUCUUAAAAAUAUGCAGCCAUACAUAUAUACAAACAGUAUGUUGUAUGUUGAGUAAAAAUUCCAUAUUCUAAGUGGACUGUUUUUGCCAAUGUAUAGUGCCCUGAACACAGGCAUGGAAGACUGAGGUCAGAAUCCCACCUGUCUGUAGAAGAAAGCUGUGAUGACAAAUCUAUUACCAGUGAACAAGUGGAGCCUCAUUCACCUCAUGAAAAUAACGACUCCUGCAGUUCAAUAGAUGAUGUGUUAAUGAGGCAAAUCUCUAGUUCCUCGGGCUGAGUCAGCCUUAGGAACUCAACCCAGAGAUGAUCGGUUUUUGUUAAAUGAAUGUACAGCUUAAGAGGGAAUAUUACACAGAAAUAAGUGAUGGAGCUAUUUUUUAUAGUCCAAGUAACUAGUGUGUAAUACCUUAUACCUGAUGAAGAAAGCCAUGUAUCAAUACUCUAUGUUGUACAGCAAAUCCUGAAGCAGGCAAGUGCCUCUGGUGCUGAUUGACUCCUGGAGUGUUUGUCAGUAUUUUGUAGCAUUUUGGUUGAAGUGUUUUAAAAUGUAAAUUGGCAACAAGCUCAAACAUUAUCUCUAAACUGCAGUUUGUUUGGUGACAAGAAUAACAGUUAGUUUUGUGUGGAGUGUCAGAAGAGUGUGUCAUUUACCCAAUGCAAAAGAAAAGAUGUUUAUUUUAGACUUUAUUUAUUGUGUUUGUUCCACAUUCGUAAAUGUACGAGGACAGCCGAUAACACCCUCCGAGAUCUCCAUUAUUCUUCAUGAUUAUACGAGAGCAGAAUUCAAUAAUUGUUUUAUUAUUCAUUCAAAAUAAUUCCUAGUUUAAAAACGUAGCUAAAACAAGUUUACCUCCAUUGAUGUUAAGUUCAUCUUUGAUAGUGCACGUUUAGGGUCGUUCAGCUCCGCAAAUAUUCUCCAAAUAGCAGAUGCUGCCCUUUGAGUUGUCUUCUUGUUGUUCUUGCCAUGUUUUAGCUAUUAUUUUGCCUAGUUAUUAAUAUGAAACAAGUGAAAUGUACACCAUUUUUGUUUUCACAACCAAAACAACUCAACCUCGCCCCCAGGUCUUCUCGGUUAAUGUUGCAUUAACCUGCAUGAAGGCUGCACUUUUGACGUGGACAUCGGUUCAUUAAUUGCAAAAUUCUUCCAAAUUUGGUCAUCAGUAGCUGGUUAUGGUGAAUUAUGCGUGUGCUUUUAGCCAAUCAGAAUCGGGGAAAUAUUUUGAAUGAAUAAUAAUUGUAUUUAAAUUAUCAAAGGUGAACAUUAGGUUAGUUAUAGGAAUUACCAUCAGAGUCGGAAUGUAGGGUCAUUGUGUCAAUAAAAAAGUCUUAAAACUUCAUGCCAUAAUACAUUGACAGUGCGCAAUACCUGCCUUUUCAUUGGCUAAGAGCCUACAGUUAAUUGUGGAAAUCAGCACACCCUACAGAUUAUUUACUAAUCUGCAAGUAGAUUAACAAGUAUUGAAAAUUAUAAUAUUAAUCUUGUGGAAUUACCGGUCUCCAUAUUAUUAGCCACUAUACAUCUUUGAAGUGAAAUAUGGACAGGUUAAAGGUUUAAAUAUAAAUGGAAUUAAUGGGAAAUUAUUAUUUUGCCAAGUUUCUGUAUAUACUCUUACCAGCAACCUUGCUUUUCAACAGACAUUGAUAUUUCUACAAAAGUUUUAU